AUGAGUUACCACCCAAUUCCAGUUGUAUUUUCUCAAGCCAAGGGAUCAACUAUUUGGGACCCAGAAGGCAACAAAUAUCUCGACUUCCUCUCAGCUUACUCCGCUGUCAAUCAGGGGCAUUGUCAUCCAAAAGUCAUGAAAGCAUUAGUAGAACAGGCUGAAAGGCUCACUCUCACAUCUAGAGCCUUCUAUAAUGAUAGAUUUCCAGUAUUUGCAGAGCAUUUAACCAGCUUGUUUGGUUAUGAUAUGGUGCUUCCAAUGAAUACCGGUGCUGAAGGUGUAGAAAGUGCUUUAAAGUUGGCGAGGAAAUGGGGUUAUCAAAAGAAAAAAAUUCCUAAAGAUGAGGCUAUCAUUGUCUCAUGUUGUGGCUGCUUCCAUGGUCGGACAUUAGCUGCUAUUUCUAUGAGCUGUGACAAUGAGGCUACUCGUGGUUUCUGGCCACUGUUGCCUGGCCAUCUUAAAGUUGAUUUUGGUGAUGAAGCUGCCCUUGAGAAAACAUUUAGAGAAAAUGGAGAUCGAAUAGCUGGUUUUUUAUUUGAACCCAUUCAAGGCGAGGCUGGGGUUAUAAUUCCUCCAGAUGGUUACUUAAAAGCCGUUAGAGAUCUUUGUUCAAAAUAUAAUGUUUUGAUGAUCGCUGAUGAAAUACAAAGUGGCAUGGCACGGUCGGGAAGAAUGCUCGCCUGUGAUUGGGAAGAAGUCCACCCUGAUGUUGUUAUAUUGGGAAAAGCAUUAGGGGGUGGUGUGAUACCAGUUAGUGCAGUUCUUGCUGAUAAAGAUGUUAUGCUUUGCAUCCAACCAGGGGAGCAUGGAAGCACCUUUGGUGGGAAUCCGUUGGCCAGUGCAGUUGCCAUUGCAUCAUUAGAGGUUAUCAGGGAUGAGAAACUUGCUGAGAGAUCUGCUCAAAUGGGACAGGAGCUUAGGCAUCAGCUCAUGAAGGUUCAGCAGAAAUUUCCUCAAUUCAUAAAAGAAGUUCGAGGAAAAGGCUUAUUCAACGCUGUGGAGUUUAAUAGCAAGGCCAUGCCCCCUGUUACUGCUUAUGAUAUAUGUCUGAAGUUGAAAGAGAGAGGAAUCCUAGCUAAGCCAACUCAUGAUUCUAUUGUCCGAUUAACUCCUCCACUUUGCAUGAGUCUGGAUGAGAUCCAAGAAGGCUCAAAGGCACUGCAUGAUGUUUUGGAACUUGAUCUACCAAAGAUGCAGAAGGAGAAGCCAGAAAGAGUCUCCCAUGAAACCCAUAUUUCAUGUGACCGUUGUGGGCGCAACUUGUAUGAUUCUUCAUGAAAAUUUUAUAAACGUGUAUAUUGUUCCCUCUCACAGCUUAUUAGGGGAACUAAACAACUAUGUUUUUC